GUUGCUGGAAUAGCCCUAUUAUUUUUAUGUCUGUGAUUACGAGGACAGCAGCGUGACUGGUGCGCUGACACAGAUAACAAAGAUGUAUUUAGGGCUAAAUAAUAUUGAGUUUACCUUUGUUUAAAGCUGGAAUCAAUACUUCUUAAAGCACGUCCAUUUUUCAUUUAGCAAGCCUCUUGUCUGAGAGUAGGGUCAGAGAGAUGUAUGGAGGGGAGAGUGUUUUAAUUCCCCCUCGGUUGUAGUAGUAAUAAUAAUUGUCAGUACAACCGCGGAUCCUAAAGAUUGGGUGAUAGGGAGGCCAGCCCCACAACACAAAAUUAAUAGAGUUUGAAAAUUGAGACAGAUUAUUUGCCCGUUAUUUUUUCUUUCCUGAUUUUUACAGGGUACCCACUGAGAUGGCCGUUGGUGUCGAUGUACUGGAAACAUGGUGAAUGAACUUCUCAACGGAUCACAACCUGUAAUCUGCCUGUGAGUCUGGAUCCUGACAACUCUGCCCCAGCUGAUAAGACUUUAAUCCUCGGUGCUGAACACAGAAUAUGUCUUGUGGUUUUGGAAAAAUGGGGCGCAUCAACAACACUGCGCAGAGGGGCACAACUUUUGCUCUCCGAAUUGGAUCAGAUAAAGCCCAGAGAUCUCGGUCCAUCUUACGGCCAGCAGCCACGGUGCCGGCUCCGGCCCUUGGUUUCCGUCUGAGACGAGGCCAUUCGGGAUCGCCGGUGUAGUGGAGGUAUGGACUGUAACUGUGUUAGUGACCUGCUGCUCACGCCACCUGUCCCAGCCCUCUGGACACCAGGCAUCGCUUUCCCUGACUGGGCCUAUAAGCCGGAGUCAAGCCCAGGCUCCAGGCAGAUCCAGCUGUGGCAUUUUAUCCUGGAACUGCUGCAGAAGGAGGAAUACCAGGGGGUGAUUGCCUGGCAGGGAGACUAUGGUGAAUUUGUGAUCAAAGACCCAGACGAGGUGGCAAGACUGUGGGGCAUUCGGAAGUGCAAACCUCACAUGAACUAUGACAAGCUCAGUCGAGCACUGAGGUAUUACUACAAUAAACGUAUUUUGCACAAAACUAAAGGCAAACGCUUCACCUACAAAUUCAACUUCAGUAAGGUUGUUUUGGUGAAUUACCCGCUGUUGGACAUGGCCAGUUCUCCGUUCCUGCUGGCCCAGAACCACUUCAAUGGAGGGGCCGCCACACCAGACUGCAGCCCUGUCACUCCUGAGGCCCUUCAGUCUUUAUUCCCUCGUUUGCCUGAAUCGGGUCGAGGGCCCUCUUUGUUUGAGCGUGGUGCAGGGGCCCCGGGGCCUGAUGGGGACAAGCUGAGAUUAGACACUUUUCCUUUUCUUGGCUCAGGGGCUCCAUGUUACUCCAAACCUCCAUCCCUGUUGGGUCCUUAUCCGCGGAAUCCCUCUUUCGACUACCCCUGGGGCUUCAACCCUUACCUCCCUGGGGCCUUUUCUCUGAACAACUGUCCCAAAUUGCCCCCGGGCUCCCUUUACUCCUCGCACUUCUACCCCAACCCACUGCAGUCCAGCCUGUCUCAGCUACCACACCCCUUCUCUUCACUCUUACCCCCUGGAGACACAACCGGGGCAGAACGCGCACAGACCGGAGGAACAAAUGGCUCAGCAGGUGGUCAGCCUCCCAGACUUUGCAUCCCACCAUACCCAGGGAGCCUGCCAGUUGGCCGGACAGAGCUGGGAAAUGGGGGUACAGGUGUGGGUGACCGGGAAAGAGGAGAGACCAACCUUGGCAUCCCCGUAGCAGGUGGAGGUCUUGGCUUGGGCUUGGGUUUAGGCCUUGGCCUGGGUUUGGGAGGAGUUGGAGGCGGAGGAGGAGGUCGUCAGAGCCCUUCUGAGCGGAGAAAGAGUGUAAAGCAGGAUCCAGAGUCUGACUCGGAGCUGGAAAUCACAGACCUGAGCGACUGCAGCUCCGAGAAUGAAAACGAGCCGGACUUCGCUUUGGGGAAGGAGCAGGGGCUAGGUGCUCGCUCACACCUCCUAGAGGCCAAAUCUGGGCGCCUAGGUGGAGGCUUGCCCCCUCUGUCUUCUCUUCCUCCACCUGUGUCUCCGCAUCCCCUUAAAAGCCUGGUGCCCCUAACUCCUCCACCUUCAUCCCUUCCUCCACCACUCUCUCCCUCACUCAGUAUGGUUGAUCGGCACAGGGAAACAGAGACACUUAAACUUGCUCACAGUUAAUAUGGUCUGUUGUGUGACUUUUGAUGUCUUGAAUGUUCUCUCUUUCUCUUUUUCUCUCUGCGUAUUCCUGCAUUUGUGAAAUAGGCUGUAUAUUCCCAUUUUAUUUUCUUUCUCAGUUCUGGGGACUCCACUUAAGUGGUCGCUCACACAUUUCAAAUAUUGGAGUUUUUUUUUUCUGUGAACACCGUAGUGUCAAAUGAUCAGAAUUAAUACUCUCAAUGCAACCUUAGUCAUUCUGAGACUAUUGUUCAGAGUGAUGGUGCAGCACAAAAAGCAGCAUUUUCAGAUUAUGUUUAUCUAAAAUAUUUCUCGUUCUUUGUUAAUAUAUAAAGAGGGGUGAUUAUACUAUUUUUAUUCUAAGACAGCACAGUAAAGGAAUAUGCAUAUCUUUUAUCACAAACUUUAAAUUGCACUGCAUUCUUGCCCUGAUGAGAUAGGCAGUAAGUUCUGCUUGGUGUACUUCACAGACCCUUUCAAAAGUUGUUAAUGCUAAGCUCUGCAAUACAGUAUUCAGUUGAAGAGUGUAACACACGCUUUGAUUUGAAGCUGAUGUAGGUGUGUUGCAAUAAAGCACUUAAUUGUGUUUCCAGUGGAUUCAGAUAAAUAUAUGGUCAAAUAUUGCCAUCUUGUGGUUAUAUAUAGAAAUCUAAGCGCUCCAUAGUUUCUGGAAAGAAACUUUUUCAUUUAAGAAAACUAUUUAUUUAUUUUUAUUUAUUUAUUUAUUUGUGUUAACGUUUAUGUACCAUCCAUGGUAAAUGUCUUUUUUUUAAUGUCAAAAACUUUAUAAGAAUGAGAGACAUACUCGUACUGCUCAUGUCAGUGAAUAUUUAAAGUUUGUAUCUAUUUCAUUGUAUAUAUUUUAUUAAUGUGUACAUUAUGUUUAAUUACUGUUGCUAUAUGGGAUAGCUGUAUUGGUGUCAUUUUACUCUGUACCUAAAUUAAGAGUGAUUUAUAAGACAAGGACAUUGAUAAGUAGCCUAAAUAUGUGUAGUGAUCCAAAGUUGACAGAGAAUGAGCACUGAUUUUAGUACAUUGCUCAUAAAGAUAGAGUUUAGACAGGGAGGUGUGCAAAUGUUUAUCUGCUUUCUCUUAACCCUGCCCCAUGAUUUUUUUUCUUCUCAGAAACUCCCUAAAAGAUGAUCGUACUGGAUUUUUUUUCAAUAAUUCAUUGACAUAAUAUAAUCACAUGCAAAUAAUAAUGUGCAAAUCUGUACUUUCUUACACGUAAAGGUUUAUUAUGUUUAACAGGGAAGGAUAAAUAUCCUAUUUGAAUGUAAAGACAAUAAAUAGGAGCCAAAUGACAUGUGUGGUUGGUUUUGAAAUAAUUUAGAGAGCUAGUCCAGAACAGGUUUGUUACUGAGGCAUGUGUUUAAAAAAGAGAUUUUACUAACCAGUGCCAACAAUAUUCUUCUGGGUCAUAAGUAAGUUCUUAUCUGAUUUGAGAUAAGAUGAGUUGUUAUAUAAUGGCUGGUCUGCUCUGUGGUCCCUGACUUGCCCGUACUAAAGGAGAUUGCAGCUGUACAUAGACUUUGUGUAUUUGUGUGUAGGCUACACACGCAAAAGAAAAAUACCUUACAGUAAAGUUUUCUUUGUUUUAUUGUGAAAUUAAAAACAGAAAGGAUGACUGGAACAAAAAAUUAAAGAGUAAUAUCUUCAAGAGCAAUAAACAUUAUU